AUGCUGCGUUUGUUUCAGGCGAGCAUCUUUCAGCACGACGGUUCGCGAUUGCUAAUGGCGACGCCGGAAGGCACGGUGCGGACGCUGAAUGGGGUGCUCGUGAAGGUGCGACCGGGGGAGGUUGUGGGAGGGAUGGUGAGGGAGACAGCAGGAGGAGUGGACGCGCGAGUAGAGCAGUUAGCAACGAAGCUGGCGCAGCAGGAGGAGGCCGUGACUGCUCUCAAGAGGGAGGUUGACGAACUGAGGCAGGCGAUGACGAACGCCGAAGCGGCGAAGGGCGCAGCGGCGGAAGGGGCAUUGGAGACGGGGAGGCACGGGGAGACAGUGAAGGGCAAGGUUGGGGCGGGGGGUGCAGCGGCAAGGGAUGCAGGGGAGGCAGGGGAGGCAGGGAAGGCAGAGGACCGCCUUUCGGCGCAGCCUUCCGAGGGGAGAAAUACUGUCCCGUUACUGGAGAGCUUUAUAGGGGAGCACGUGGAUAGAUUCAGGAGUGAGCAUGAGUCGGAGGUGGAGGGGUUGAAGGAGCAGGUGGAGGCAGUGAGGAGGGAGGCGGCAGGCGCGGCGAGCGCGCUGAGGGCGGAGAUUGCGCGGGUGAGGGCUGCGGCGGAGCGGCAAGCGGCGGAAGUGGCGUACGUGCGCGCGACGGCGGCGCACACUGAGGCGCGGAUGAACGACUUGGAGCUGGCGGUGGCGGAGUGGAAGAGUGCGCGCGAGAAGGAGGGCGCGGAGAGCAGCAAGCCCGGGGGAAGAGCGGGGGAGCAAGCAGGAGCGGAGAGGCGCGAGGGGAAGAGGCGGAAGCGGGAUGAGGGAGGGAAGGCGGUAACGGUGGCUCCUGCUGCUGCGGGCGGUUGCGCACUUAUUGAGGAUUGCGGCGCUGCUGAUGGGAAGGCAGCUGAUGGAGAAAGGAAGGCUGACCUGCCGGGACUAAGAGCGGUAGUGGAUGGCCUGCGGUGCAGAGUGGUUAAGCUGGAGAAGAGUAGUGGCACAGGAGGGAGGGUAUGGGAGAACAGCGCCGCAACAAACAGGAAUGGACCUCAGCGGCAUAUCCUGCCUCACAGACGGUGCCCUCGCUCACCUCGCUCGUUUCGCCAGCUCGCAAACGUUACCCUCGAGGACUCCUCUGGCUUCACCGCCGAGGGGGUCAGGAAGCUCUUCUCCCUGCCCGCGCUCGUGCAUCUGGACCUCACGGGAUCAUGCACAACGGAUGCUGCUCUCGAAGGCAUCGACCGCGUGAAAACGCUGCGCAAUCUUGUUCUUGACGAAAGCAAGAUCACGGACGUUGGAGUGGCUAGGCUGGGACGGCUGACUGCACUUGUGGGGCUUCACCUGGGUGGAUGUGUGUCUGUGACCUCUGCCAGUAUGGUGCAUGUGGGUAAGCUGACAGCGUUGGAGGAGCUUUCACUGCAUGAUGGGGGGGUGAGGGAGGAUGGGCUGCUGCAUCUUACCUCCCUCACCUCACUGAAUUACCUCAUUUUGCCUCCGGGUGUGACUGACUCUGGCAUGAAGUACCUGAGAAACAUGAAACGCCUGGUGAAGCUGGGGAUGUGGGAUGCUAAAAUUACUGCAAAUGGUGUUAACUGGCUCAAGGGGCUUCCGUGCCUCCAGAAGAUUGGAGCAGACGCAGAAGAUGUAGAAGGGUUUAUUCGGGACACUUUCCCGGGAAUGGUUGUGACUCCAGGGCUACUCUAG